AUGUCCUUUCAUCAGAUGAUUCCAAGAAACAACCAGUCAGCUAUUCCAGAAUUUUUCAUCUUAGGGUUCCAGCUUCUGAACAGAUCCAGAAUAAUUCUCUUCUCUACCCUUCUUUUGGUCUACAUUAUGACUGUAAUGGGAAACCUUCUGAUUAUAAUUCUGGUUUCAGCGACUCAAUAUCUUCGUUCUCCAAUGUAUUUAUUCCUCAGCCAGUUGUCUUCCUGUGACAUCAUACUCACUACAUCAAUUAUUCCUAACUUACUCUAUAUCACCUUAAACAAUGGUAUCCCCAUGUCAGUUAGUCAAUGCAUUGCUCAGUUCAAUUUCUUCAGUGUCUCAGUAGGUACAGAAUGUUUUCUUCUCACCAUGAUGUCCUAUGAUAGAUAUGUGGCUGUCUGUAAACCAUUGCAUUAUGUAACAAUAAUGAAUUUCCCAUUUUGUUCCAGUCUCAUGGUUUUGUCCUGGAUAUUGGGUUUUCUUCUCACACUGAUUUUUUCUAUCUUAUUAAGUAAUUUAACUUUCUGUAAUUCAAAGUAUAUCGAUCAUUUCUUCUGUGAUUUAGUUCCUCUUGUUCAGCUUUCAUGUUCUGAUACUACAGUUUUACAGACUGUGUUAAUUUUAAUCGCUGUUCCAGAAACUAUCAUUGAAACUGUGUUUAUCAUUUCUACAUAUGUUUGUAUCUUUCUCGCUAUACAUAGAAUUUCAUCCACCACUGGGAGGCAGAAAGCCUUCUCCACAUGCAGCUCCCAUAUUGCUGUCGUGUGCACGUAUUAUGGGGCUCUUAUCGCCAUUUACAUAUUUCCAUCAGGAGAAUAUUCAUCCGGAAUCAAUAAGAUUGUAUCCCUUAUGUACACAGUGCUGACUCCUUUGCUUAAUCCAGUAAUAUACAGUCUGAGGAACCAAGAAAUCAAGACAGCCAUUAUAAAAUUAUUGAAAAAAAGAGAUUUUAGUAAUGUAAUAUGCACAUGUUAUAUUUAUGUGUGA